GUAUUUUUAUCGAUUUUCGAAACUAGAACCGUUGCAAAGUAAACCACUCACCAAACACAUCACUAGCAUCGUUACCCUCAAACCCCAACGGCCAUUUUUUCUUCUUUCUUUCUUCUUCGUCCUUCUUUCUCUGUUACUCAAAUUCUUUCUCAACUUCAACUGCAACUUUCUUCAACCAAACACGAUGCAAGAAAACAACAACGACGUCGUUUCCGAAAACCCCACUCCCCAUCCGCAUCCGCCACAACCACAACAACACAACCGCCGACCAAAAACACGUGAAGUCAGCUCCCGAUUCAUGUCUCCCUCCAUCUCCUCCACUCAAAGACGGCAACAGCGAGACGAUUCCGACGACGAGAAUUCCGAAUCCUCGUUCCCGAUCGGAUACUCUUUUCAAAAGAAACUACAACAGCAACAACAAAGAUCUGUGAAGCUUUUCAAAGAAACAACAAACAGAGUUUUCGAUAAUAUCCCUAACCCAAAUCCAAACCCUAGUUCCAGUUCUCAUCACCCUUCGAAACAACCAUCUUCUAGAUGUGCCACACCUUGUCCUUCUAGACCUGAUACUCCAAUCCAUACGAUGUCCGUCUCUUCAAGAUAUCGACAAACACCGCACCACCAACCUCAUAGGCCUAUAAACGCCCGUUCUUCAGCUGCUGCGAAAUUGUUUCAAUCUAGUGGCGUCUCAUCAUCCAGAACUUCACGUGAUGAUAUUGAUAUUCAUUGCAGUACACAAUCACUUCCUGAAUUGCGUUCUGAAACCGGGGAUGUUUUGAUGCAGCAACCUAAGGUGCCUACUGGAUCUGUGGCUGAGAAAUUUGGUAACAAUUUGUCUCGUUCGGUUAGUUUGUCUUCGUCUGGCAUUGAUCGGGUUAAGGUUGGAGGACUGCCGCCGGUUCCUCCUCAGUAUGCAACGAAAUCUGCGGCAGAUGCAAGGAAAGGGAAGAAAGGUAGUCAUCAGGAUGAUGUGACUAAUCUCAAAUUGCUUCAUAAUCGGUAUCUUCAAUGGAGAUUUGCCAAUGCAAAGGUGGAACAUGCAAUGAAAGUUCAGCAAAAAGAAUGCGAGAAGGCACUAUUAUCUCGUGCAAUGAAAAUAUCAGAAAUGCGUGAUUCUGUGAACAAGAAACGCAUAGAAUUGGAGCGUUUGCAGAGAUUACAGACCCUAUCAAGAGUUCUUGAAGCUCAAACUCCAUAUCUGGAUGAGUGGUCUGUUAUGGAAGAAGGCUAUUCUGUUUCCCUCACUGAAGCAAUUCAGGCUUUGUUGAAUGCCUCAACGCAACUUCCAACUGGUGGGAAUGUUCGGGUUGAUGUAAAAGAGUUGGGGGAGUCUCUGAAUGCAGCACUAAAGACGAUGGAAACAAUUAUUUCCAAUACCCAGAAAUUAAUGCCAAAGGCAGAAGAAAUAGAUACUUCUAUUUCAGAAUUAGCCCGAGUUGUUGGAGGAGAAAGAGCUCUUAUUGACGAGUGCGGAGGUUUAUUGUCAAAGACACAUAGGUCACAGGUGGAGGAGUGUAGCUUAAGGGCUCAGCUAAUUCAACUAAUUUCAAUCUGGCAUAAGAAUAAGAAUAAAGAAUAGAAAAGCAACUCAUAAUUCAAUUGGAUGUCAACUGUUGGAAUACCACACAUAUUUGAUGGUGUUGAUAGAUUUGCUGAGCAUCAACUAUACAUGACCCACCGCCGAUUCAUUUCUUUUUCACAUUCUUUAUCCAUUUGUUGAUAAAUGAAGGGGGAGAGGAGAGGAUGUGAUUGACCAGUAUACAAAAUUUCAAUUUUUGCUAUCUCAGGAAGUUUCACCGCGAAUUCUUAUCAAUAUGAUCUCUCUCCCUGUUUCACUCACUUGAUGUCAAUAGAAAAAAGUAAUAGGACACUUUGUCCUUGCAUGAAUGGAAUGUUUGCUUCAACUCAAAUAAGACUAAUUGGUAGUGAAUCUUCUGAACUUUUGUUCUUGUGAUUUCAUGUAUGUAAAUCAUAUUUAUACAAUAAAUAGAAAUUUGAAAUUUCAAACUACUCUGGACCAUUGUUCUUGUAUAUAAAAUAUGUGACCCAAACAAAUACACAAUAAGUAGAAAAAUCUAAGUCUAACUGACCAACCAAGAGGUUUGAUUAAUACGUUAUGGUUUUAGCAUUUUAUCAUAAUUUUUUUGUGAUAAACAAAGCUACUAGUAUUUGCUUUCCUAACUCAAUAUACAAAAGUUCAUAUUAUAAACUCAAAAUUUUCCAGGUAGUAUUUGUAUAACAAUUAUAACAUUUUCAAACUCAGAACAAAUUGUAAUAAAAAUAUACU